UGACUAUGAGGCGGCUCGGUUGGGUCAUGGCUCGAUGUCUGGACAUAUGAACAGCUGAAACUCCCGUGAUCAUGAGUGGGCCUGCGUGGGUUCUCUCGGAGGACAUGGACCGACAGAUUGUACAGGCUGUGUGCGAUGACGACAACAUGUGCUCCACGUCGGUGGGCAUGUCCGAUUUGUCUGAUGAGAUCCUGCUGUGCAUCCUCCGCCACGUCCCGGUGUGUGACCUGCUGCUCAACGUGGCCAAUGUUUGUCACAAGCUGCACGUCCUGUGCCAUGACAAGACCUUGCUCACCAACGUCAGCCUGUCUGAGGAAUAUCAGGCUGAUGAUCCGUCAGUUCGGUCUGUAUUGAGGCAUCUUCGCAGUCACGUGCAGUCUCUCAGCCUGAAUGGGUGCUACUGGCUGUCCUCCUCCACCAUGGAGCAGCUCACACGCUGCAGAGGGGUGACACACCUUGAUGUCACCGGGUGUCGCCUCUCUUCCCCCCGUCUGUCCCGUCUCCUCUCCUCGCUCUCUUCGCUCACGUCGCUCGCUUUUGAUGUGACGCCGAGCUUCAACUCCGCUCAGCUCGGCUCCGAGGCGGUGGAUGCACUGAGCCGCCUGUCGGAGCUCCGGCAGACUCUGCUGACGCCCAGCUACGGCGUGGUGCCGUGCUGCGCCCAGCUCCGCAAGCUGAUGCUGCAGUUUGACAUCCCAGAUGUGACCAGAGAGGGGGUCGGAGUGUCCUGCCAGUUGAUGGUGGGUCAGAGCAGCGUGCCACAUUACCAGCAGCUGGAGGAGUUCACUGCCAGGCUGGCGCCAGGAGAGGUAAACCAGACCUUGCUCCUCCUCUACCUGGCAGUCUUCAGCGUCAAUGUCCCAAAGCGUCUUCGGGUUUUCCUCGUGUCGAUCCCCGGUCCUAACCCCGCCCACUGGCCCGCCGCCCCGGCGCUGGCCCAGAGCCUGAGUCAGCGGGGCGACCUGGUGGCCCUGCAGCUGCCUCGCUCCUGGCUGGAUCCUCUGUCCUUGAAGCGAGCUCUGGAGGGGAACAGCCCCAACCACCUGAGCUUCAGCCGCUGCCCCACGCUCUGGCCGCAGGCGAUCCAGUCGCUGCUGGGCGGGGGGGUCCGAGACGCCGCGCAGCUCACCAGCCUGAACCUCAGCGGGAUCAACCACGGCCCGUACGCCGAGUCCCGGAGCGUGGAGGAUCAGCUGGUGGCGGCGACCAUGAGCCAGCUGGCGGACGGCUGCUCCAACAUCAAACACCUGAACCUGAUGCACAGACAUUAUCAUCAUGAAGCCACCCCGACGCUGGACGGCAAGAACCAUCUGUGUGCCAGCUUGGCUAAACUCAGACACCUGCGCUCCCUCACUCUCCCGGCCUGCGCCGUGUCGGACGGCGCAAACACGCACAUCUCGUCCCACAGUGUGCCGCCCUCGCCGUUGUUCCAGGGCUUGAAGAAAAUCCCCCGAGUGGGACUCCAGAAUUACAGGCCCGACUCGGAGUCCUCUCAGUCGGGGAGCACCACCUCCGGGCUCGCCCUGCUCUUCGCCGGCUGCACUUCUUUACAGACCUUCGAGCUCAUCGGGCCCGGCUUUGCCUCCGCGCUGCCCCGGCUGGAGCCGUGCACACGCGCCAGCGUCGAGCCGCGCGGCAUGUGUGCCUGGGCCCGAGGAGUCGGGGACGCGCACCUGGCGGCGCUGGAGGCUUUGCCGCAGCUGCGCCGUCUGACCCUGGCGGGACUCCCCGGGGUCCUCCGGGGGACGGGGCUGGUGCAGCUGGCCAGGCACUGCAGGGACAUCCGAGUGUUGUCCCUCGCAAAUUUGGGCUCGUUGAAAACUAUGAACUACACUCCGGCCUUGCUGGACACGCUCAAGCAGUGCACGCAGCUGCAGGAGCUCAGGUUAGAGCAGCCCUACCUGAACGCUAACGCGGCGUUCUUCGAGGCUCUGUCCUGCUGCUCUCAGCUGCAGCGCCUCUGCCUCAUCUCGCGGAACGGCGUCUUCGACCCGGUGGCCGCAGAGAUCUUCAUGGAACGCUGCCGCCAUGUCACCAUGUGCCACAUGUUCAUGGGCGGGACCUUGUUAGCCUGCCGGACUCUGCAGAAGAUUCUGCUUGACAGAUUUUCAUCGGAGCGCUCGGCCCUCAGUGUGGUCGUCUAUCCCCUGCAACAUGAAGACCUGCCUUCGGUCAUCAGAGACAUCCCGCUGACACUUCUAGACCGAGUGACCUUGUUUCAGAGCCACGUGGCUCAACCACCGCAUCUGUCCCCAUUGUGAUGCCGACAGAAAUCUUCUGUAUGUUUGGUUCAGUGUCUGUUACUUUCUGUAGGAACAACGAUUUGUGAAGAGACUGACUGUUGGAAACUCCGGUGUCUGGUUGUGUUUUAUCCAUUCUGUGUCAGGCUGCUGUACAACACAUCAACCUUGAUUUUUUUUCGGUUUACAUAGCAUAAGAAUGAUGGUCAUCAAAGGGAAGUUGCUCUCUCAGGCAGAUCUCAGGAGUGACUGUUGAAGACUCCAUGGUGCAAAUCAUUUCGGUUAUUACACAACUCUGGUUCUUAAAACAAGUGCCAAAUAUAUCAUCUAUGGAUUUGUACUGAAAGUUUGUACCUGAGAAUAUAGAUCAAAUAGUGUUUUAAUAAACUAAAU